AUGGCUUCACUCUUAACAUGUAGGGGAAAACUCUACUUUGAUGCGAUGAUGAAACGCGCGAAGAAUACGACAAAGAAGAAGGGACGAGAGGAAGACGAACUCGUGUUCAAAGGAACCGUCGAGCCGUUUUACUCGUCGGCGCAUCCGGUGACCCCUGCGGUACUCUCAUCGUUGUUCUUCGUUUCGUUUCGUAACCCACUGCGCGUUCAGAUACCAUUCGUGUGA